UAUGUUUUGUACCUAAAUUUCUAAUUUCAAUAACUUCAUUAGCAUUUUGUUUUUGUACACCACAAACGCCAGAAACAUUAGUGUAUUACAAACUCGUUUGCUGUAUAGUGUAUACUGUAUUACUGUGUGGUCUGUGUUGUGUACACAUUGUUACGUUCUCGAUAAACAGAUUUUUUUAUUAAAUUGGUAUGAUAAUAUAUUGCGACUUAAUAAAUUGAUUAUCUCUUUACAAUUUAAUGCAAUCCGAAAUGUGUUGUUUUCCGACCAGUUUUUAAACCAUGUGUCCUUAUCGGGUUAGAAGAAAAUGUAGUCAAUGGUACUUACUCUUGUAGCCGGUCAUCGCACCACAAGUUGAAAACUCCGAUCAAAAAGCAAAAUCGGCGAUGAAUUCAAUAUUUCAAUAUUCAAUGUCUUCCAAAAAGACUUGUAUGCUGCUGGCUGUAGGCUUUCUAUUUACAUUCAGUCACUCUGUAAACGGUUUAUCAUGUUAUUGUGACAUAUGCGCUGAUUCAAACUACACUUGUGUUACUGAUGGAUAUUGUUUCACGAGUAUAUCAAAAGAUACAAGUGUUAUUCGUCAUUCAUCUCGUUGUUUGCACAAGUACCAGUUUUUCCCACCAGAAAAGCCAAAUAUUUGUUUUCGAAGAAAGUUUCUGGAUGAAAUCUCAGUGUCAUGUUGCCAAGAUCGAGAUUAUUGCAAUCGUUGGCUAUACCCAAAACUGGUUGAAGUUAAACCUACAGACGAUUCGUUGAAUGACCCCAAAAAAGAGAGAUUGGGCAAAUGGGAACUAGCUAUUAUAAUAGCCGGCCCAAUAGGUGUUGUUUGCAUUGUCGUCAUGCUUAUUAUGAAUUUUUGGGCUGGAUCAACUAAGCGUCAUAAUAUUAGAUAUCUACGAACCCCUCGAAUCAUAGCGGCUGAUCAGCAACCUAUUUUAACUGCAGCUGUUUCUUUGCGAGACAUGAUUGAAAUGACUACUAGUGGAUCGGGAUCAGGAUUACCACUUUUGGUUCAAAGAAGCAUUGCUCGUCAAAUUCAACUUGGUGUCCCUAUUGGUAAAGGUCGUUUUGGAGAAGUAUGGCAAGGAAAAUGGCGAGGAGAACAAGUAGCUGUAAAAAUAUUUUCAUCUAGAGAAGAACGGUCAUGGUUUAGAGAAGCUGAGAUAUACCAAACAGUUAUGCUCAGACAUGAUAAUAUUUUAGGAUUUAUUGCUGCUGAUAAUAAAGAUAAUGGCACUUGGACUCAAUUAUGGCUAAUAACUGAUUACCAUGAAAAUGGAUCAUUAUUUGAUUUUUUGAAUCGAAGUACAGUAGAUACAAAUGGAAUGAUUCGUAUAGCACUGUCUAUAGCAACUGGUCUUGCUCAUUUACAUAUGGAAAUUGUUGGCACUCAAGGUAAACCAGCCAUUGCACAUCGAGAUCUCAAAUCAAAAAAUAUUUUAGUUAAAUCCAAUGGAACUUGUGCUAUUGGUGAUUUAGGACUUGCUGUACGAUAUGAUACUUCUAUGGAUACAGUUGAUAUACCAUUAAACCACAGAGUAGGCACUAAACGAUAUAUGGCCCCAGAGGUUUUGGAAGAAACAAUCAAUAUGAAUCAUUUUGAUUCAUUUAAAAGAGGUGAUAUUUAUGCUUUGGGUUUAAUACUAUGGGAAGUAACACGGAGAUGUUAUGUUGAUAACAUACACGAAGAAUAUCAAUUACCAUAUUAUGAUAGUGUACCAUCUGACCCUACUAUUGAUGAAAUGCGCAAAGUUGUUUGUUUAGAAAUGAAACGUCCACCCAUACCACAGAGAUGGAAUGCAUACCCGUGUUUACAAACAAUGAGCAAAUUAAUGCAAGAAUGUUGGUACCAUACUGCAUCUGCUCGUCUUACAGCAUUACGCAUUAAAAAAACUCUAGCCACUUCGGGUGCCAUGCAAAGUCAUAGUAUUAAUAUUAAUAUUUAAGGACUUAAUGACCUCUUAAAAGAUAAACCUCUAGCUGCCAAUAGAUUAUCUACAAACAUAAUGUUUACAAUUUCUGAGUAUGUAAUUUAAGUUUCAUAGGUUAUGAAGUCUCCUAAAACAUUGUAUGUGCCAUUUUAUUCUUCGAAAAUGUGAUGGUAUAGGAACUAUUUUAUAUUUAAUAACUAAUACGUACUUAUUAACUGUGUGUUUUUGUAAUCAUCAUACUUGGUUACCAUAACAAAACUUUUGAGAGUUGCAAAUUGUAUCAUUUUAUGAACAAUAAUUUAUUUCAACUCAAAAUAAUUUUAAAUAACUUAAAAAAAAUUUAUUGGUAUUGUUGCAAAUUUGAAAUUUCUAUAAAAAAAAUAUAUUCUGGACAAUAGAUAUUUUAUAUUUGCAUAUAAAAAACUAUAUAAAAUGAAUAUUUUUUGCAUGGUUAUUAACCAUAUUUUUAUAUUAUUCCCAUUUUUUUUCAAAUUAAAAUUUUCAAGAAAUUUUGGUAAAAACCCUAUGUUCACCACUAGGAUCUCAUUAAUGUAGCUUUCCAUAAUACAUAACUACUAAUUAACACUUUGAUUCCCUCCUUUUAUAGUCUAAGAAUCUUGUUUCUUUAUGUAAAAUAUCAUAUAAAUAAAAAAAAAAUGGUUUAUUGUCAUAUAUUUACUUCCGAUUUAAUCUUAUUUACAAAUAAUUUUAUAAAUUAUAACUAUUUUAUAAAUUGAAAAUCAGAGUUUGACUUAACAAAUAAAAUAAUUUUGUAUUGAUUAUGAAGUAUAAUAUGCACUAAAUUUAUUUUUAAUUAUAACCUUGUAAUACGACUGUAAACUAAAUAUUUAUUUGUGCUCCAGUUUUCAUUGAUUGAAUUCAACUUGAGUCUAAAUAUGACUCUAGUUUAUAUAAUUAUAAAAUAUGUCAUAAUUAUUUGCUCAUAAUUAGAGUUUAUGUUAAAUGUUAAAAUGUUUUAUAUUUUCUUUUUUUGUGUUUACCUACAUACAGUUUUUAAUUACAUUCAAGAUAAUUUUAUAUACAUUAGGUUAAAUUUAAAUAUAAGUAGUGUACAUAAAUAUACUAAGUGUCUCAAUUUCUUAUAAUCGAAGAUUUUAAUAAUUUUUAAAAGUUUUAUUAUACAUUUUACUUUGAAUAAUGAUAUUGAAUUAAAUUUCCAACUGACAACUGAUUUUAUACAUUUUUGUAAUAAUGAAUAUAAUAAUAUCUGGAUAUUUUUGAGACACAAUGUAUAUAUACUAUGUAUAUUUACCUAAUUAAUGUUAAGUCAGGCUUAAUGAUGUUAGAUGUGAGAUGAUGUGUACAAUACUUAUAUACUUAAGAGUGCAGAGAUAAUUUUGUUAGUGCUCAAAUUAAGAAGAAAAAAAACAGAGUAGCCUAGAUGAUUAAUAACAGUACAAUUUACUAUUAAAUAUUUUAUACUACUUAUUGUAUAUAGAUUAUAUGUUAUAUAUAUAUAUAUAUAUAUAUAUAAUAUAUAAUAUAAUGAUAAUUAUAAAUGGCUAUUCUUUUCUUGGAGGCAUUAUAUUUGAAUUGACUUUUAACAGUUUUAGUCAUAAAUGCAUACACAGCUUUUUUUUCUACAGAGUAUUUUUCAAAUAACAAUAUUAUAAAUUAUUUAUUAUUUUGUAAUGCAUAGAGUAAAUGUUUUUUAUUUACAAAAAUUAUUGAUUGUUUUAUUAAAAUUUUUAUACAAUCUUUGUAUCUACUUGUCUGUCAUAGUCAAGAUUUUAUAAUCUCCAUAAUUUAUAAAUUGUAUUACUUAUACAUUUUAAAUUUUUAUAUACUCUUUAAAGUCAAAUUGGCAUUACACUGCUGUGUACUUGAAAUAUUUUCUGAUUAUAUUCAAUUGUAUAAUUAUAGAAAACAAUAGACAUGAUGUUAUUUUGUACAGGACUAUAAUAGUUAUACAAAACAGAAUACAUUUAUUAUUAAGUAUUUGUCUUCUUUGAAGUGUGUAAAUAUGAUAUUGCUUAAUUUUUUCCUCACUAAGCUAUUUUAUUAUAUUUUUAGUUUUUGUAAGUUAAUAUAUCUAUUAAAAUAAGUAUUUGUUAUAACUGUACCCCUACCAUAUGGUAGUAUAACCAUACUGCUCUCUACCAACCCAUAUAUUUUUUUUUAACUUGUUUUAGCCUGAAAGCUUUUAAGAGUUAAAAUGUUUUGUUUUAAUUUAUAUAUUUUUUUCAUUAAAAGAUGUGUAUACUAUGAUAAAAAAUAUAUUUCUAUUACAUAUUAUAAGUUAUAACAGAAAUAAUUUGCAUCCAUAUUUUUUAUCUAAAAUUUUGAUCGUUCAAGAAUGUAUUUUAUUUAAUAUGCUCGGAAUUCACUUUUUAAGAAUAAGAUAUGAACCUUUGUUUGGAGCUCUUGGGUAAUUUGUAUUAAAUAGUAUUAUAUUGUUAUAAUUUAAAAUAACAAAUAAACUGGGAAUUAAUAAUCAUAAAUAAAUAAUAUUAUUAUGCUUACAUAUAUAAUACAUAGCGGUUUUCUCCUACAAUCUGUUUGCUGCUGGGGGCUAAGAGAUGGGUGUCCUGUAUGUUUUUAGCAUGCCUGCCUAUAUAAAGUGCAUCAAUUUGGAAAUUCUGUUGAUCUAUUUGCUUUCAUAAUACUGACCCACUACUUAUGUGUAAUAAUGAGUUACACCUAGGAUUUUUGUUACCAUCAUUAUUAUUUCUAGUCCUAAUCAAAUAAUUCUACAAAAUCUUGUUACAUAUUUUGUUUAGGUAAAAAAAAAAUGUACUUAGGUAUAUGAUAAAAAAAAAUUAUAAGAAGACUAUUUUGCUAUAACAUCAAUUAAUAUAAUAUAUUUUGUAAUCACAAUAUAAUUAUUAUUGAAAAUUUUUUUUAUUAUUAUUAUUCAUUGAUAUUUAAUUAAAAAAUUUGUCGUUUUAUAUAAAGUUGUGAUUGUGUGGUAAUAUAAAUGUAACAUGCCACUCGAUAUUUUCCAUUUUGAAGAAAAUUUAUAAAUCAUAAAUAUGUAUUAAUAAAUAACCAUCAAUAUUGUAUAGUAUUUAUAUACCUAGUGGAAAUAAGGUAAUUUUUACAUUUUAUUCAUUUCUAUAGUGAUAAACAAAGCAUUUAGUAAAAUUGAUUAAAAAAUAAAAAUAUCCAAAUAACGUUAAAAACAUAUUUAUGUUAAAAAAAUUAAUGCACUAGUACUUAUUAACAUAUUUUUAUAAAAAUGUGUUUAUAAUUUUACCAAAUUUUAGAUUCUGGAACGAUAAAUGUAUUGAUUUUACAAUGAUGUGUAUUUUUUUUUGUCUGUGUACAUGAUAAGUAGUUGAAAUAAUGCUUCGAUUUUUAACUUCAGUAUCUUGUUCUUGUUCGACAGGAAAGUGAAUAUUGUUGGUGCAUUGAAGCGGUCAAAAUAUUCCCAAUAGUUUUCAAAAGCGACAGGAAAAACAGCAUACAAAUUAAGGAAAAUCUGGAAUUUUUAUGCAAAAUCGAUUUUGGUUUUUGGUGCAACUCUAAAAUAAACAAACGUACAUACA